AUGUCGAUCUUUGGGAACUUCGGUAACUCCAACACCAACAGCGCGCCAACGCCUGCUGGAGGCGGUCUGUUCGGCGCCCAGAAUACGAACCAAGGAACGACAGGAACGUCUUUAUUUGGGUCAACAACGACGAACCCAAACCCCUUGCAGGCACAACCAACACAAGCCUCGCUUUUCGGAAACACGAAUCCCAACGCGGGUGGAGGACUCUUUGGAUCGACCAAUACGAACAUGAACACGAACCAAAAUCCAUCUGGAGGAGGAUUGUUUAGUGGAGGGAACACGACGAACACAGCAGCUCAGCCUGCACAGACGGGUGGCCUAUUCGGCGGCACACAGACAAACCAACCAGCAACUGGAAACUCGUUAUUCGGCAAUACUUCAUCAACGACAACGAAUACGAACCCGCUUUUCGGUGGUACAAACACAAACACCAACACCGGAGGGACUGGUGGCCCGUCGAUGUUCGGAAACACUGCAUCGAACACUGGUACGAGUCUGUUUGGAAAUACGCCUCAGAAUGCCGGCACGGGCGGAGGAGGGCUCUUUGGAUCGAUGAAUACAACGGGUGGGGGACUUUUCGGCUCAAUGAACACGAACACAAGCGGAAGUGGCGGCGCCCUUUUCGGAAACACGAAUACCCAACAAACGGGCACGGCAGGCGGUGGUCUCUUUGGGAACACACAGAAUGCAGGAUCGAACCUCUUUGGAACGAGGCCUGCUGGAAACAAUCUCUUUGGCACAAGUACGACGGCGAACACUAACACCGGCUCGAUCUUUGGAAAUCCGCAACAGCAGCAGCAGCAGCAGCAACAACAACAGCAACAACAACAACAAUCUUCGCUUUUUGGAUCAACGACAGGAAUUUCGCUUUUCGGUGGUGGAAACAGAAGCACCCUUAGUACGUCAGCGCUGGCGCCACCCAACAAUUUCCUUGCGUCAAGAUCAACGACAGGAUCCCAGCAGCAACCCGCGGAUGCUCAGGCGCAGUUUAUCAAGGUGGCCCAGAGCAUUGAAGCCAUCUACAAUGCAUGGAAUCCCCAGUCAAGGGAUUGCCGAUUCCAGUAUCCUUUUUACAAUCUUGUGGAUCCAAAACAAGUUAAUCUGUACGGGCGACCACUAAAUGCUACCAAUGAUGCGCUAUGGGAGAAGGCCGUUCGAGAAAACCCUGAUCCAACAUGCCUCGUACCUGUAAUAGCCAUUGGUUUCGACGACCUACGAGCCCGGACGGAUGCCCAAACGGCGCAGUCUGCCUCCCACCUCCAAAAAUUGAACGACCUCCAAUCGCGACUCAACGCACUCCGAACUCAACACUCCAUUUCCACCACCUCUCGUCUCCUCCGUGCAUCAGCCCUACAAACCCAGUUGACACAACGACUAAUGCAGCUCGUGCAACACCUGCACCUGCUCAUCCCCGCCAUCCGCUCGAGCGCACUGCGGCCGGAGGAGGAAGCCCUACGAGGGAAACUGGAGGAGAUGGAAGAGGAGCUGCGACGUGGACGGGUGAAAGCCCGCCUGAACGAGCUGUGGGCGUUGAUUGGUGCCGUGGGUGCUGGUGCCGAACGUGCUGGCGGUCAGGGUGCUGGAGGUGCUGGAGGUGCCGGUGCGAGCGAGUGGGCUGUCGUCGAUGAGGAAGGCCUCGCGCAGAUCACGCAAAUCCUGUCGGAGCAGCAGGCAGGGCUGCAGCACCUGACGAAGAUUCUACAGAAGGCACAGAAGGACUUGGGCAUUGUCAUGGGCAACAAAAGCGCAGCUGCGGCUGCCUCUCAAGACGAGCUGGCGGGCGAGAAUCUGUGGGGAUCAACGAGCACGCUGAGGGCAAGUUCUUUGAGGUGA